UGUUUACCCAUAAUCAUUGACUUCAAUCAUAGCUUUCCACUUUCCUCGAAGCUUCCCCCUCUUUAAUAGCAUGUAUCUAAGUUGUUGAGAAACCCAUGUGAACCCUUUGAUUAUUAUUCUCAGCCCACCAAGUGUUUUUGUUUUUGUCUUGGUUCAUUUUCUGUAUUCGAGUUGAUAAAUUCAGCGAUUUGCGCAGUGAUUUUUUUGGUGGGUGUUAACUUGGUUUGGGUUGGAUUUCUAUGGAGCAGUCAUACUCAUGCUGAUCGCUGAGUGAAGUUCGAUGCAAUAAGUUAAGGCUUCUUUGGCUUCUCAGCAAUUUCAUUAAUCAAAAAAUGGGUAAUGCCGAUAAUCUGGAGAUAAUAGGAUCCAAUUCCCAUGCCGAAAUGGGAUCGCUAGAGAGGAAGUCAAUCAUCGAGCCACAAAAUUAUGAGAGCCAAUCCAGUUGGGUAUCAACCAAAAGAAAUAUGCUUUCUUUGAAAGGCGUUUCAGUUUCAGACAGAAAAUAUAUAUGGAGUGUAGUGAUAACCAGCAUAAAGAUCGCAUUUUUCUCUGAUAAGAUUAAUUUACUCAUACCUUUUGGCCCCUUGGCAAUGGUGGUUUAUAAAUUGACGAAUCAACAUGGUUGGGUCUUCUUCCUGAGCUUAUUGGGCAUCAUACCUUUGGCAGAACGUUUGGGUUGGGCUACCGAACAGCUGGCUUUCUACACCGGACCUACAGUUGGGGGUCUUCUCAAUGCUACUUUUGGCAAUGCAACAGAGUUGAUAAUAUCAAUGUACGCAAUGAAACAUGGUAUGCUACGUGUUGUACAGCAAUCUUUACUGGGCUCAAUUUUGUCCAAUAUGUUGCUUGUGCUUGGAUGUGCAUUUCUCUGUGGAGGAAUCGUACAUCCUAAUAAGGAACAGGUGUUUAACAAGUCAAAUGCCGUGAUGAGCUCCGGAUUGCUGUUGAUGGCAGUCAUGGGUCUGUUGUUCCCAGCCGUUCUCCACUUCACACAUACGGAAUUGCAUUAUGGGAAGUCAGAGUUGGCCCUUUCAAGAUUUAGCAGUUGUAUAAUGCUUAUAGCAUAUGGUGCCUAUCUCUAUUUCCAGUUGACUAGCCAGAAGAACUCGUAUUCUCCAAUCACUGAGGAAGCUAGUCUGGAUGAUGGGAGUUCAGAUGAUGAAGAAUCUCCUGCUAUUUCAAAGUGCGAAUCAAUUAUCUGGCUCAGCAUCUUGACACUUAUCAUUUCGGUUCUUUCUGAAUAUCUAGUCAACACCAUCGAGGGUGCUUCUCUCGCAUUGAAUAUCCCCUUAGCAUUUAUUAGCGUUAUCCUGCUUCCUAUUGUUGGAAAUGCAGCAGAGCACGCCAGUGCCAUCAUGUUUGCGGUGAAAGACAAGCUUGAUAUCUCUUUAGGAGUGGCAAUUGGCUCCUCAACGCAAAUAUCCAUGUUCGGGAUUCCGUUUUGCGUGGUUGUUGCGUGGAUCAUUGGACGUCCACUGGACCUAAAUUUUCAACUCUUUGAGACAGCAACUCUUUUUAUGACGGUUCUAGUAGUGGCCUUCAUGUUGCAGGAGGGAACAUCCAAUUACUUCAAAGGACUAAUGCUCCUGUUUUGCUAUUUGAUAGUUGGUGCAAGUUUCUAUGUACAUUUAGAUCCUGAAUCUAUACAAGAUAAACCUUAAAAGCUGCAGUUGUUGGAACACAUCAGAUAUACAAAUCCCAAGGAGAGUGAUUUGAAUCCAUCAGGCAGCAGCAGAAUCAUGAGUUGAAAUUGACAGAUCCUUCAACUCAACUGUAUAUUCCAGUGUCACUUCCGUUAUGGCAUAGUUAUUAUUGUACACAGUUUCCUAACAGUUGGUAUGUAAUAGUUUCGUAACCUCUGGUAAACACAAAUGGUUGUAGAUUUCAGGUUCUA